CUCAGUGAGAGGUGGAGCUGAGAGUUCCGCUUGCAGGCGGGAGCUAGGCUCAAGGUUUAAGGCUUCUGGAGGCCCAGUAACUGAUGAGGACCGGGCUCAGCGAGGGGCGGGGCUCAAGAACUGUGGCAGCAACAGAGCUACUGUCCGCGAGGGUGGGGGCUCAGUGAGGGCGGGGUUUAGAGCUCUCGCAGUGACAAAGCCGAUGCCCCGGGCGCUCGGAAGGCCGGGCCCAGUGAGGGGAGGGGCUAAGGGCUCGGCAGCGUUCGUAGCCCACGCGUCCGGAAACGGGGCUGGAGUGAGGGAUGUGGAUUUAGAGCCCUCGAGGCGACGCAGCCGACGCUACGGACUGGGCCUAUCGGCAAGGGGCGGGCUCAGUGAGGGCGGGGUUAGGGCUUAGCCGCGAUGAUGCCGGGGGCGGGGCUCACAGGGAAAGAGCGGGCGGUCGUCACAGGGGUCGACGGGCAGCGGCCGGACAGCCAGGCUGACUGACGGCGGCAGGGGGACUGGCCGGGUCAGCUGGGUGCACGGCGUGCCGCCGCCAUGACAGCUCUGCCUACCCCCCAUCCCCUGGGUCCACCAGGAAACAGGACAAGCUGCCACAGAGCAGACCUACUGUGACCGCCUGGUCCAGGACAUGCCUUUCCUCACAGGCCUUGGGCGCCUGAGUGAGCAGCAGGUGGACAGGAUUAUCCUCCAGCUGAACCGCUACUACCCCCAGAUACUCAGCAACAAGGAUGCAGAAAAGGUGCCAAGGAACCUGAGGCUGCUUUCCCAUCCCUUUCCUCUCUGGGCUGGGAGAAGCGGGGGGCAGGACAGCUUGGAGUUCCGGAACCCCAAGGUAUCUCUGCGAGUGCGUCUCUGCGACCUCUUGGGCCACCUGCAGCGGAGCGGUGAGCGGGACUGCCAGGAGUUCUACCGGGCCCUGUACAUCCAUGCCCAGCCUCUGCACAGCUGCCUGCCCAGCCGGCACGCCCUGCAGAACUCAGAUUGCACAGAGCUAGACUCGGGCACCGCAGGCCGUGAGCUCAGUGACAGGGGUAACCGCCUCCCAUGUCCCUUCUCUCUGUUCCCCCACCCAAGGUUCCAUCUCUGCCUUGGGGGCUUCUCCAUUCCAAGUCGGGUUCCGUUCCUGGCUUCCUGUUGGACAGACCCCCUCAGGGUGCUCACUGGGUGUGUCCCUGCCCAGCUGACCCCAGCACAGGGUGUGAGCCUGUCCCUCGAGGCCUCUGGACCCCUCCCGCCCUCCUGGGCUCGGGGAGCUGCUCACGUGCAUUUCUCCCCAGGACCCGUGGCCUUCCUGACCUGUCUCGGCCUGGCCGCAGGGCUGGCACUCCUCGUCUACUGCUGUCCCCCAGACCCCAAGGUGCUGCCAGGGGCCAGGCGUGUCCUGGGCUUCUCCCCUGUCAUCGUCGACAGGCACGUCAGCCGCUUCCUGCUGGCCUUCCUCACAGAUGACCUGGGGGGGCUCUGACCGAUCCCCUCCCUGCCCACCUUGGCUGCUUGCUGCCCUGGGGCUGGCUGGCUUUUCUAAGUGUUUAUUUCUCACUGUGUAUAACUUACGUAACCAGCACUUUACCUUCACUGUACAAAGGUACUCAACAAUAUUAAAUGUUUGAGUCUUAUCCCUUC